UGCGCCUCUGCAGUCUGCAUUCCUUGGGAGACUAUUACGGAUCCUCCAAUCCAACCGUAUAUCCCAAGAAAAUCCUGCGAAUCCUGUCGGUCCAUCACAGCUUGGUCGCUUCACUCUCACUCUGACCUCCAUUCUUCUUGUUAUAACAAAUUUAGCCUUUGUUUGGUUGGUGAAGAAAAGUGAGAGGAAUGAAAAUGGAAGCAAACACAAGUGUUAUGUGUUCUGUUGUUCUGUGUUGUAGCUCCUAAACUUUUGCUUUUGCUUUUGCUUUUUGCAUAGUAGUUAUCUCAAUCCAAUCAUGAGAAAACGCACUCUAAUAAUUGCUCUAUUGGUGUUGUUGAGCAACCUUUGUGAGUCAACAUCAUCCCCUUCCCACUGUAAAGCAUGGCUAGUACAAUCCAUCCCCACCAAUAUGCCUCACCUCUCUCAAGUUCCUGGUGUCCUCUCCACUGGGGAUGUGCUUCGUUGGCUGGCUGAAAACUCCACCAAGAGGCUUGACAUAAUUGCUCAGUACUGGCAACUGCUAGCUUCUCCUGAUGAUCCUCACUCCGGAGAUUAUGGUUACACUCAACCCCAGAUGCACCAAUUUGGUGCUGAUCAAGGUGCUGCUCUUUAUCAAGCAUUAGAUUCUGCUGCAGACCGUGAUGUUAGUAUCAGGUUACUGUCCCACUCUGGGGUUUAUCCAACAUUUACACUAGAGCCAUCCAAGCUUGCUUCAGGAAGGCCAAAUGUUAAGAAUGUGACCCUGCUACUAGAGGAUUGGUGGGGAUCAGGCAUUGUCCAUGCCAAAGUUUGGAUAUCCGAUAAUAGGGAUGUGUAUAUUGGAUCUGCUAAUAAUGACUGGAAAUCUCUUACACAGGUCAAGGAAGUUGGAAUUUAUCUUACCGGUUGUCCUGGAGUUGCUAAAACAGUUGAAAUAUACUUUAACAAUUUAUGGACACUAGCAUCUCUGAAUUCUUCGGCUUACACAAAAACAGUGUUAGAUCAACAGUGGCAAGUUGAAAGAAAGGUUCCUUGCUGGUCGCAUUUUGUUGAUCCUAGAGAUAGAUGCGAGUCUCCUCUUCCUCAAUAUCUAGAGACUCCUCAUGUUGCAGGAUAUCCUAUUCUGUCUGAGCCUGAUAUGUUUGACGUUUCAAUAAAAACUCCCGGGUAUAACUAUUCAACAAAGCUCCCCCAAGUCUCUUAUCUCUCCUUUGCUCCCCCAGAGCUAUCAUUUGGCAGUUAUCAGGCUGAUGAGCAGGCAUGGAUUGACACAAUAAAAUCUGUUGAAAUGAAUGAGACAGUUAGAAUCAGUACCAUGGACUGGCUGGGCCAAUCACAGUUUCUGGACCAAACAAUUUACUGGUCAUCCUUAUCCUCUGCAAUAUCAGAGGUUGUGUUUUCAAAGCAUGCAACAGUGAAGAUAUUGGUUUCAUAUUGGGCACACUCCAUCAGUAACACAGAUGCAUACCUGAAGUCUCUUCUCUACUCCAACACUCUAUGCUCUUCCUCCAAAUACAACAAAUGCUCUGGCAAAGUUGAGAUCAAAUAUUAUGUGGUUCCUGGUUUCAACAAGACAGGACCUGCCAUUGAAGGUGAAAAUAGAACAGGAAACAUGUACCCUGGUUUCAGCAGAGUCAAUCAUGGAAAAUAUGCAGUUAGCAAUGUGAGGGCUCACAUUGGAACUAGCAAUCUUGUUUGGGACUACUUCUAUACAACAGCAGGUGUCAGCUUUGGGACAUACAACACUGCCAUAGUCUCUCAACUUAGUGAAAUUUUCGAUGCUGAUUGGACCUCACCCUAUGCUGUUCCAGUUCCAGAGCUGGAGAAAGAUCAUAAAUGUUCAAUCUAAUAAUUAGUUUUGUAUUUAUAGUUUCAAAUAGCUUUAUGUUCAUUCUUUAAUCAGUGGUAUUUGAAGGAUCCAACAGAAAAGAUAGAAAAGAAAAGUAACUUAAACAAGGGAGGCAGGGAGCAAGGAUCAUGAACACCAAUAAUAUUUUGUUGAAUUGGAAGCGAUAAUGAUCACAAGUGAGAAUUGUUUCAAUGCUUCAAGGAAAUUGAGUGAGAUUUUGCA